CUGUUGCUAGAUCUUUUUCUCUCCAUUCUUCCCCUUGGACCAAAAGUUCUCCAGUACUUCUGUGGUAUUGUUUACUCUGGAAACAUCUGAGCAAUUCACAAAGGCAAGCAGACAGCAUGCUUUGUUAUUAAAUGAGUAUUAGCUAAUUUCAGUUUAUAGAUGGGGGAAAAGGCUUGGGACUAGACUUGCCCUUAAAGAUGCAAGUGAUGCCUAAAACAGGACUAAAAUUGGGACCUUUAUGCCUGUGACUGGCUUUAUCUGUAUUACAGCAUAAAAUAACUUUUUCCUUACUCUUUGGCUACUGAGCUGCUGCUUAGUUUUACUAAUUGAACUCCAGCUGCCCUCUCUGCUGGAGAGCACUCCCUUGCAGGAACACCAGCACAAUGUACUUUUCUUGCAUAAUGUCUGUGCUGGUGGAGAUGUUGGCCUGCAUUUUUCUACUAACAUUAAAGUAAAAUGGAUUGUGCUGCUCAGGGUGGCAGCAUUUCCUGCUGCUGCCAGCAGAACCCAUUGGUACCUGUGAGACAAGUCUGACCUCAGUGUUCUUUUGGAAGAGAACCUCGUGUGGUUUUCUCUUGGCUUUUCUCUCCAAUCCCUCCUCAUUCUCUCUCCCUUUGCCAGGAAAUCCCUUCUCCUGCCAACAGGAGCCAGUGGAAUGUGCUGUUUGUUUACAUUCUCACUCUUUCAUCCUACUAACCUUCCCACCCCCAGCUCUAAUCCUAACAGGCUGGCUGAGCCCUUCAUCCUUCUGAGGGAGCACUGCUCCAUUGAGUAAUUGCAGAUACAAGGCUUGCUGCAAGGAACUGUCCCCACCAGACUCUUCUUAGUGGGGGUGAGGCAUUUAUUGUUUUUAAAGCCAUUUGAAAUUCUUGAAGGUGUUUGUAGUGCUUCAAAGGAAGAAACACAAGCACGUACUUGGUGUCAUUGAGGUGGUUGCUGAAGGUAGGAGCAGGUCUUCUGGACUUGCAGUGUGCUGCCAUCCCUGCCUAGGAAAGCCCUCAGCUUCCAGAGGGUUUUAUAAUAAUCCAAGUGAGGAAAUCCUGUGUUUACAGCACUUAUGGAAAUUGCCAUUUUGAGCCUGUCUCCCCCUUUGUUCUAUUCACAUACUUUGUCUUAUCUGACUUUAGCUGUUUGGCAAGGAUUAUAAACCCUUAAGCAGGGACUGUCCUUCCCUUUGUUUUACAGCCUGGACACUGCCAGGGCUUUCCUGUGUAGCUUGAUGUGUGGCUGGUCUGGUGCUGUCCUGCUGGAAGACUUUAUUGUUUGUGUGCAGAACAAUUCCUUACACUAAUGCUUCCUUAACACUGCUCUGUAACACCAAAUAAUGAUUACCCUUCAAUUUAUAUUAUCACUCAAGCCUUUGGACUGUCUUGGAUCAAUGUGUGCAAGGAAGGCUAUGGCAGCUUGUUUCCCAUUUCCACCUCUCUCUUUCUGUUCCUGCACUAUGCUGAAAGGAUCUCACUUGUUAGCCUGGAUAAAGACCUGAGGAGCAGAGCACACAGGAUACACUUCUAUACCAGCACUAGCUGAUCCUGUCCCCACCUGAGUGGUUCAGAAAACAGGAAGCUUUCCACAAGCUCCAAGACACACCAGAAUUUAAUACUGGGAGUUCAACCAUCAGCAUAUGAUGCUUGGGAGUAAAUGAAGCUUUAAAAGAAUGUCUGUUGAUUUUUUUCCCUGCAUUUCUCUGACAGUCUGAUAUUUUCCCUUCCCUACAGAGCAGCCUUCCCUCCGGAGGAGUUGCUGGAGCACAUCUGACUGCUACUGCCAGUGAGGCCCCAGCCAGCCACAAUGUACUGCCUUCAGUGGUUGCUACCUGUCCUUCUCAUACCCAAGCCCCUCAACCCAGCAUUGUGGUUCAGUCACUCAAUGUUCAUGGGAUUCUACCUGCUCAGUUUUCUCCUGGAACGGAAACCUUGCACAAUUUGUGCCUUGGUCUUCCUAGCAGCUCUAUUCCUCAUCUGCUACAGCUGCUGGGGGAACUGCUUCUUGUAUCACUGCACAGGAUCCCAGUUGCCAGAAUCAGCUCACGAUCCCAACAUAGUGGGCACCUAGAAAAUCAUAAUCUUCCAAUCUACUGAGGGCUAUUGUUUUGCUUUAAAAAGGGGGUGGGGCUGGGGAGGAGGGGGGGUAUUGGGUAUGGGUCUGGAGUAAGGACAACCUGUUUCCUGUAACUGUGCGUGGACUGGAGUGGCAAUUCUUCCCACUCUGCCUGUGAAAUUCGACUCGUUUACUGUGUGAACUCUGGCACCACCACCUGCUUUUUUAGAAGCAGAAGUCUUUUUUUUUCUUUCCCGUAUCACCGGGAGCAGACACCAGCCCUCUCAACUGAGAACUGCUGGAAGCCUGAGCCGCUGGCCCCUGCCCAGCUGGGAGUGCUGGAGUCGUGUGUCACUUGUCUGCAUUAGGCCAUGGUGGUCUAAUUCAGGGCUCUUGGCCCACUGAUCCUGCUUGAAUAGCUACAAGAUUCUCUCAGUCUGUCUUUGUGGGGGGCCAGCCUCCCACCUUGCUGAUCAAGGGCGAGUGCAACAGCUCACAAAUGGACUUGGCCAAAAGCUGCUGCAGCCAGAGGCAGGUGAGUCAUCUCCUCCUGCCCAGACAGCCAAAGAGAUGUGUGCACUGCUGAAGUGCUUUCUGAACUCUAUGCUCCAAGAUCCCGGCCUGAAAGCCUCAGUUAUGCUGCUGCUUUUAUAAAGCCUGACAGGCAGUAGAGACUGUCUCUUCCCUCCUCCUCUAUGUCCUGGGUUUACCAAGGUAUUGACUGUUGGGAGAAAGAACCAGCAUGCUGCAAGACACAGGGUUUUGGAAGCCACUGUGAACUUCACCCUACAAAACUCAUGCUAGCCCAGAAGGCUGGAUAUGGGCAGGGCAGGAGAGGAUGCAUGAGUUGGAGGCAUGGCUUGAAGCAGUAAAUGCUUCAUCCAUUUUUAGAGAUAAUGGUUUUGGGCCAGAGGUGACACAAAGUGCUGGUGCUACUGACUAGAGAAGGCUGGAAAAAUACCUGGUGUCUCCAGCUUCCCUGGCAGAAGGAUGUCAAGAAUCCAAGGUGUUGGUGGGUCAGGCCUGAAGUCUGGGGCAGAGGUUGGUUUGUGAGAAGCCUUAGAGGUUGACACAAAACGCUUACCUCUAAACUUUGAAGGUUUCCUCUCCUUUGCCAUCUGUUUGUCUUUCCUUCUGUCUUCUGGUGGAGAGCAGCAGAAGUGGCUGUUGCUGUCCUGAGGCAGUUCAGGCUAUGAGGUUGUGAAACUUCCAGAGUAUUGUUUGUUCAUUGCACAGCUGUUCAAAAUGUUUAAUAAAGCUUUAUAAACUUUG